AUGAAUCGGACUAAGCGUAAUAAUCCAGAAAUGGUGAAAAACACUGAGUGUGUUACUGAGACUGAAAUGAGUUCAGACGUGUAUCGACUUAUAACUAACGAGGAAAAACCACCAGAUAUUAAACAUGAUAAAGAAAAUUCGUGGAUUGAUGCAGUGCAAAUGUUCGCUUCAUUUUUACUUGCUGGAUUUGGAAUGGUGGCGGCGAGUUUACUUUUGGAUGUUGUUCAGCAUUGGCAAGUUUUUGAACAAGUAUCUGAAGUUUACAUUUUAGUACCAGCUCUUCUAGGAUUAAAAGGAAAUUUGGAAAUGACAUUAGCAUCACGUCUCUCUACCCAUGCUCACUUAGGACAUCUCGCAAAGAGUUUAUAUUCAUUGGUAAUAGGUAAUCUGUGUCUUAUACAAUGUCAAGCUAUUCUUGUUGGAUUCUUAGCAGCUAUGGCAGCUGUUGCCAUGGGUUGGAUACCCAAGGGUGAAUUUGAUAUUCAUCAUGCCAUGUUAUUAUGUGCAUCCAGUGUACUUACAGCUUCAUUUGCAAGUUUUGUUCUUGGACUAAUAAUGAUUGGAGUGAUUGUUGUUUCAAAAAAGAUAAACAUAAAUCCUGAUAAUGUAGCAACACCUAUAGCUGCUAGUCUUGGAGAUUUGACAACAUUGGCAUUAUUAUCUUGGAUAGCAUCUUUAUUGUACAAGUCACUUGGCACACAUCUACUUCUUCCAUCUAUAAUUAUCAUUGGUGGGGCAAUACUUGUACCAGUGUGUGGAUAUGUAGCAUGGAAAAAUAACUUCACUAGACAGGCAUUAGAUGAAGGAUGGGUUCCUGUUGUUUCUGCUAUGGUCAUAAGUAGCGCUGGGGGGCUCAUAUUGGACUACACAGUAUCAAAUUAUAAGGGCAUUGCUGUAUUUCAAUUAGUAAUAAAUGGUAUUGGGGGUAACAUGGUAGCUGUGCAUGCAUCCAGGUUGUCAACUUUAAUGCAUACUGGCCAAAAGGAAGGCACUGUAAUAAGUAAUACUACUAAAUUACUAUUAUUAAUGGUAAUACCAGGUCAACUUAUAUUUGUAUAUACAAUAGGGUAUCUCAAAGCUGGUCAUACAUCUUUGACACCUAUUUUUAUUUUAAUUUAUAUGUCUGCUGCCUUAUUGCAAGUGUUUCUUCUUUUAACAAUUAGUCAUUAUUUGGUUGUGUGGAUGUGGAAAUUAGGUUUAGAUCCCGACAAUUCUGCUAUUCCAUACUUAACUGCCUUAGGAGACUUACUUGGAACAGCAUUGUUGGGUAUAGCCUUCCACAUUCUAUAUGCAAUAGGUGAUAAAGAUAGUGACUUAGGUGAC